AUGUCUGGUGAGCCUAAAAAAAUGAGUCGUCAACAAAGGCGGCAAAUGGCCAAAGACGCUCGCGAGCAGCAAAGAUUAGAUAGUAUACGUGCUGAUGUUGAACGUGAAAUGGCUGAGGCACCUCAAGUAAAUCAAAGUGCUGUUGAAGAGGCUGGGUUGAAGCAGCUAUGUGACGAGCUUCAAGUUCAAGUGCAUGAAAUCACACCGGAUGGGCACUGCCUAUUUAAUGCUGUGGCAGACCAGAUGAAUGUAAGAUACCCUGCACAAGAGCCCUACACUUACGAAAACAUGCGGCGAGCUGCUGCUAGUUUUAUGCGACAACAUGCUGAAGAGUUCAUGCCGUUCAUCUCAGAUCUCGAUGAAUCCUCUGCUGGCAUGGAUGAGUCUUCUCAAAAGAAAGACCCCAAAGCCAGGUUUAUGGAGUAUUGUGAUGCUAUGGAAAACUCGUCUGCCUGGGGCGGUCAACCCGAACUUUUAGCACUGUCCAAGGUGCUCUAUACUCCUAUUUAUGUUAUUCAAGCCGGGUUACCUAUUAUAAAGAUAGGUGAGGAAGAGUUUAAGGACCGUUCACCGCUUUGCAUCGCGUAUCAUGUCAAGAUGUAUGGAUUGGGCGAGCAUUACAACUCUCUGCGUCCGAAAGUCUAG